AUUCAAAACUUUUCUCAACCCCACUUGAAUGAUGACUAAGGAUGAAACCUUCAUAGGAAGGGAAAUUUUGAUAGCACUUGAAAAAAGCUGUGUUUUACUAAUAGGAGAAAUGUGGGGUAGCCCUUCUUAAAAGAAACUCCAAGCGUUUGUAAAUUGUACAUCAAAAUUAAAUGCUAUGUCCUCCAAGCAAGAUCUGGCUUUUAUGGGAUUUAAGCUUGCUUCCAUUCUUGUACUACCUUUUCUACCAAAUCUUUUGUCGGUCGAUGGAUUAGGGAGUUGAUUAGAAUCUGAUUCAGCUGUGUUUUGGCCUAAAUUUUCCUCAGUUAAUGCAUAAUCACAGGUUGAAAAGUAUCAGUCAAAAUUUCAAUGAAAACCAGACAACAGAGCUUCCACUAAGAUCUUCUAUUGCUUUAGCGCGUGCAAUUUCACAUCUUUGGCUUCCUUUUUUUGUUCUUCCCUUUUUAUCUUUUUGUGGGGCUCAUCAAAAAAAGCAAUCUUGCCAAGAAGUUAGAAGGAUAGAGAGAUGAGGGAAAAUACCAUCUUCACUCCACCGGCGACUGUAGUUUUGGAGUUGUCUUUAUAUUGGUUUUGUAGCGGUUGAUAAGAAGACAAAUUCUCAGCUUCUCCUAAAGCCAACUACUUGAGCAUCUCUACCCAUUUAUUCCUCGUAAAGUUGCCAAAGCUCUUCAGAAGAGUUAUGAAGCGUUGGGGUUUCGCUCUGUUAUUGGUCAUUUUCAUCCAUGGCGCUGCAGGAGAUGGUUUUGUCAGAACUGGAGGAGUUCGUUUUCUGUUAAAUGGUAGCCCUUACUAUGCAAAUGGCUUCAAUGCCUACUGGUUGAUGUACGUUGCCUCCGAUCCGUCUCAGAGGUCGAAAAUCUCCGCCGUGUUCCGUGAAGCCUCGAGCCACGGCCUCACGGUUGCAAGAACUUGGGCUUUCAGUGAUGGCGGAUACAGACCUCUUCAGUACUCUCCCGGCUCCUACAAUGAACAAAUAUUUCAGGGGUUGGAUUUUGUUGUAGCUGAGGCCAGAAGGUUCGGAAUCAAGCUGAUAUUGAGCUUAGUUAACAACUAUGAAAACUUUGGAGGGAAAAAACAGUAUGUAAAUUGGGCAAGAAGCAAGGGGCAAUACCUGAACUCUGAUGAUGAUUUCUUCAGAAACUCUGUUGUGAAGGGAUUCUACAAAAAUCAUAUCAGGACCAUUCUAAACAGAUAUAACAGCUUCACCAGAAUCCAUUACAAGGACGAUCCAACAAUAAUGGCCUGGGAGCUUAUGAAUGAGCCCAGAUGCACAUCAGACCCAUCCGGAAGGACAAUUCAGGCUUGGAUCAUGGAAAUGGCUUCCUUUGUGAAGUCCAUUGAUAGGAACCACUUGCUGGAAGCUGGUUUAGAAGGAUUCUAUGGACAUUCCUCACCUCAGAGAAUGAGACUCAACAACCCAGGUUUUAACAUUGGGACAGACUUCAUUGCAAACAACAGGAUUCCUGGCAUUGAUUUUGCUACUCUUCAUUCCUAUCCUGAUCAGUGGUUAUCAAGCUCAAAUGAUCAAUACCAGCUUUCGUUCUUGAACAAUUGGAUUUCCACCCACAUCCAGGAUGCAGAAUUGAUUCUUCACAAGCCAAUUCUGCUGACGGAAUUUGGGAAGUCAUGGAAGGUUCCGGGUUUCAGCACGUACGAGAGGGACCUUAUAUUCAACACCGUAUACUACAAGAUAUACUCAUCGGCGAGACGGGGAGGCGCCGCCGCCGGAGGCCUCUUCUGGCAGCUGCUGACCGAAGGCAUGGAUUCCUUCCGCGACGGAUACGAAAUAAUCCUGAGCCAAAACCCUUCAACGGCGAACGUGAUUGCCCAACAAUCCCGCAGACUCUAUCAAAUCAGAAGGAUUUUCGCCAGAAUGAGAAACAUCGAGAGGUGGAAGAGGGCAAGAGCAGCAAGAGGCAAACGCAUCGGAAAUUGAAAAAAAUAGAGGAUCUGAGCAAGGGUUUCUCUCUUCGAGAUAAAUCGUCUUUUCGUCCAAGAGGAAAGCUGAAAUUUUUGGUUUGGAUUUCGGAAGUUUUAUAGCUAUAAUUCACGAAUGAGAAAGAAACUUAAACGUAAAAUGAGUUUGCUCCAUUUCAAGACUGCCAAUUUCACACACUUUCUUUGCUGCUUUGUGACUUUGUGUUUCAAAUUAUGAGUGCUUUAAUGAAAGAAUAUUUUAAAUGUUGUUUGAUUUUUA